AUGAUUAAAUCUACAAUCGCUCUACCCUCUUUCUUCAUUGUUCUCAUUUUGACGUUGGCGAAUUUAGUGUCUGCAUCUUCCAAUUAUGCGCCAGUUGCUAUCACUUUACCAGCAUUCAGCAAAGAAUGUCUAUACUACGACAUGGCUACUGAGGAUGAUUCCUUAGCCGUGGGUUACCAAGUUCUAACCGGUGGUAACUUUGAGAUUGAUUUUGACAUUACUGCUCCUGAUGGAUCUGUAAUUACUAGUGAAAAACAAAAGAAAUAUUCCGAUUUCUUGUUGAAAUCAUUUGGGGUGGGGAAAUACACCUUUUGCUUUUCCAAUAACUACGGUACGGCAUUGAAAAAGGUAGAAGUUACCUUAGAAAAGGAGAAAACUUUAACUGAAGAAGCUGAAACUGAAGUUAACAAUGAUGAUAUUAUCGCCAAUAACGCUGUGGAGGAAAUCGAUAGGAACUUAAACAAAAUUACAAAGGCUUUGAACUAUUUGAGAGCUAGAGAAUGGAGAAAUAUGUCCACUGUUAACUCGACCGAAUCAAGGUUGACCUGGUUAUCUAUAUUGAUCAUGAUCAUCAUUGCCAUUAUAAGUGUUGCCCAGGUUCUACUUAUUCAAUUCCUCUUUACUGGUCGCCAAAAGAAUUAUGUUUAA